GCUUUUCUUAGUAGAAUCUGCUAUGAAUUGAUCUAAUUGCUUAUUUCGUUUCUAUCUAUGUAAGUUGGGUUUCUGGUUGUACUUUUGGGAAAUGGGCGAAGCUAGAUGUUGUCGUUAUAGGAAUCAUGAUGACCAGACUUUAUGGUUUUUGUGAGCCGAAACACGACAAAAUUGAUUGCUUUUCUGGUUAUUGGAAUGGCUCUAGUGGUUGUUUCUUCUUCUUUUUGCCUAAAGAGGUGUAAGAAUGGCAUUUCUUGCCAUGAUCCUGCAUUUCUGUUGGAUCGAACCACUGACUUAAUCCAGUUUAUCGAGGCGAAUGGUUGGAGCGCUUCUUGCUAUAUUGGAUUCGGCGGAGACGAAGUGUGUCGGUUGUUGCGAAAUGACCUUCACAGUGACUCCCGCUCUUGCACGCCAUGGAAGGUAGUCUGACUACCGCUCAGUGAAGUCUCAGGCAGCAAGAAAAUCCUAGAGUUAUGGACGGUUGAGCUUGCGCAAGCUUGCUCCUGCCCUGCCACUAUAUUCCUGAUCCGGAUGAGUUGCUCUGCAGCCUUGAUCUAUUUGGAAAAACCAUAGUGGAUAUAGUCUUACAAUUUGUAGCUUAAGUAGUACUGAAGACAUUUGUUUCCCGUUCAUUGGAGAAGUGUGAUUGGGAUUGGAUUGGGUUGGAGUCAAAGUUUCAUACAAGAAACAACAAACCAUAUUUCUAUUUCUAUUCAGGUAAGUGGAGUGAUCAUAUGAUAUGCGAAACUCGAGUGAUUGAUUGAUUGAGUGUUUGAGUGUACGAGAUGUGAUGAGCUACAUCUACGACGGUCUUAAGAUGCCAAGGGCAACUGAUUAUAACUGGAUGUACUGAAUCUUGUAACGAGUGUAUUGUGUUUGUAUCGAGGAUGAAAAUGUUACCACCACUCCUAGGGAUAUCUGUUCCAUUGAGCAGAUAGUGCUGCGGAGUUAGAAUCUCUGAGAUUUUUGUGGUUGUGAUUAUUAUGUGCGAUUGCUCGCCAAUGUGUAGGAUGGUAAUCUUUCUGUGGUUUGCUAUCCAAGGAUUGUGCGACAGAUUGAUUGAUUUGUACUCGAGAGUUUCGCUUUUGUAACGUUGCUCUUCCUUUAACUAACCAAUAUGUAUAGAAUGAUUGAGAUGUGAAGAGAGUGUUGCUAAAUGUCAUCAUUCUUGAAUCACUACUCUGUAAUAGAAAGAGAGAGAGAUAGGUAUGAAUUGAAUCCAUUUCUUUGUGGAUUUGUGUUCUUUGAUUGUUUUGUGGGAUGAUUACAAUUUCUUUCCCCAUAUGAUCGACUCUGAUUCUAUGGAAAGAUUCAUGUCAUUGCACAUUAAGCCAGGAUGCAGUGAUGCAUGACCACUCUAUGUUUUGAAUAAUCUGUAUGAUGAAAACCUUCUAGCAUGAUCCAUGAUUGCUAACUACUGUGUUAUUCUCCUGAUAGAGAUUUGUGGGAUGAUUACAAUUUCUUUCCCCAUAUGAUCGACUCUGAUUCUAUGGAAAGAUUUAUGUCAUUGCACAUUAAGCCAGGAUGCAGUGAUGCAUGACCGCUUUUCUCCAGUUAUUCCAACCUAAGUUCCUGUUUCUAGGAAGCGAAGGUCAUAAACACUGGAGGAAAGAUUCAGUGAUUCCUUGGUGUGUUAUAGUGGCUAAUUCCCACAUAACCAAAUGCUUAAUUACUAAUAUCUAUUUAGUGUGAGAGAACCGGACCAUCUUCAAGAAGAAAAGGAGGAAGACAUUAUGCAUGUAUUUUACUUGGCAGUGGAAAGAAC